AUGCCUCGCACGUCCAGCGACAAAAGUCAGCCCUCUGCUCUCGACAUCGUGCGGAGCUAUUCUGUCCUACCGCUCUCUGUAGCGUCGCGAAUCGCUUCAGGCGUAGUGGAUUCUCGCGCUUACACAGAAAUGCAAAUCAUGUACCUCAACGAAGGUAGUUUCUUUUCUGUCUUCGUCAUCGACCGACACGCAGUUGCGCCGAUAAGCUACACUCGCAUGAGACCUUUCAAUGCCAGUCACUAUCCUGCCAUCACCUUGCAAGCGAUCCAAGGGAGUGCCGUCCUGAGGUGUUGGCAAUGUCGCGUCACGGGGGCCAUGUGUCAGAUCCUCGAAGGCGAUACAAAAUGCAUUACUUGCUGCGACCGACGCGUACGCUGCAAUGCAAACAAUUAUUUGCAAAUCCACCACGCUGCUGACAUCAAAGCUGCACUACUACCGGCUCUUGUUCAGCACUGCCACAACUGGCAUGCCCGUCUUCGCGGGGAAUGGCCACCUAGGACAUAUGAUAUUCUCAGUAGCCAUGGCCUCCGGGACGUCAUUCCUCCACCAUUCGUCGACACGAAGCUACUGGGUGAAAUGGUUGAUUACGAAUUUCCCUGCGAGGGACAGCAAGCGUUACGAGCACCAUGGUCGCCGGGGAUGCCGAACAUUGUCAUGGACAGCACUCAGCUGCUGGUGCCUGCGGGCCCAAGCGACAACCAGUCCACCUUGAGACCUUUCAACGAGCUGAUGGGAGCCAGUGCCACGAAUGGCGGCUCCCUCCCUCGGAGCAACCUGUCACCCCUACAGCCUGGUGAGCUGCUGUUUGAGGGUGACUUAUUGAUGGUCGUUACCGAAUCGGAUUACGACACGGAGGGAGAUCACGACGCGCUUCGAAACGAAUCAGAUUACGACACUGAGGGAGAUCAUGACGUGCUUCAAAACGAAUCAGGUCACGACACUGAGGGAGAGCACGACGUGCUUCAAAACGGGGGAAAUUGAUCGCCGAGCAGGGCUCUGAGGGGUCACCACUCUCUUCACGAUCAGAUGUCGGUGCAUCAAGCGAUCUACAGAGCGAACUUCCUUGCCCUGGACACGAGGUCGACCACGGUAGGCCCCAACUCACCGAGGCUUCUGGAUCCGCCCCCAUCUGAGAAAGGGAAGGCAUAGUCCACCGCCUCCGAGGUUACGACCAUUGGCCUGGCUGUUCGUCCUCACCGACACUCCUCGCCGACACAAGCGCAGACCACAGUAGACCACACAUGUUCGCGGGAG